AAAUCAUGUGAAGACAACGUGUCACACACCAGGCGAAUUAAAAAGCCAAAAACUAUCUAAUUUCCGAGAAAAAACCAAAUAAUUCACUUCAAAAUAGUGAAGAAACGUGUGACACACCAGACGAAUUUAAAAGCCGAAAAAACACACAUUGAAUCUUGACAACAAAUCCUCAAAAAUGUCGAUCGCAAAAAGAGGGCUUCAACAGUACUUACUACAGCUUCAACAGCAUCCCCUAAGAACAAAGGCUAUAACGGCUGGAGUAUUAUCGGCGAUCAGUGACAUUGUUUCUCAGAAGCUCUCCGGCAUCCAGAAACUGCAAAUCCGUCGUCUUCUUCUCAAAGUGCUUUUCGGGUUUGCAUAUCUUGGACCAUUUGGGCAUUACUACCACAUAUUGUUGGAUAAGUUGUUCAAGGGCAAAAAAGACUCGACAACGGUUGCCAAAAAGGUGGUGGUCGAACAGUUGACAUCCGGUCCAUGGAAUAACUUGAUCUUUAUGCUCUACUAUGGGUUCAUUAUUGAGGGCAGACCGUGGAUCCAUGUGAAAUCCAAAAUCAAGAAGGAAUACCCGACAGUACAGUAUGCAGGGUGGACGUUCUGGCCGGUAAUCGGGUGGAUAAACCACCGCCACGUGCCGCUGCAAUUUCGUGUCAUUCUCCAAAGCUUUGUCGCAAUGUGCUGGGGUAUAUUCUUGAAUUUAAGAGCAAGAUCAAAGACAUUGACCAAAGAUUAAGCAAAUUUAAAGGAGCUUCUCAAAUAACAUCUUCUGUGUGCUGUGUUAUUAUGGUAAAAUACUAUAAAAUUGGCUCUUUACAAUUUUUUUUUUUUUUUUUACUUUUUUUUCUGAAUAUGCAAAAACAGCAAGAUGGGUUCCGUCCCGUUAUCGUGUAUCUUGAUUUAAAAGCUUGUGUUGUAUUAAAGCUUUGUAUUGUCACAGUGAUUGAUUAGAAACAAUGAUAUGGUUAGAUUUUACGCUUCAUUUUGAUCA